CGUCGUACCGGUCCCCAGUCAUCAGCACCCUCCUGGCAUCACCUGAGGCCACUUUCACCACCACACAGAUCUUGGACUCAUCGGCAGUCACCUCUGACAGACUGUCUUUGCCUAGUGCAAUUCUCGACAUCACAAGCUCAGGCCACUGUCCGCAAGCUAAGACCAAGUCAAGCCUCCUUGUACGCACCCUUUUCCUCUUCUGGCACGCUGCUCUUGUAGCCCAGGCCACAGACGCCGGAGGUACCUCAGGCAGGCGACCUUGCCCUGCAGACCUCGUCAGACUUAUUCUCAGGCCACACCCACUGUGCUCGCCUACUAGCACGGACGCUACAUGGCUCCCAAUCCUGUUGGCCAUGAGGCAGCCGCUCCGCCCCUCGUAGUCGCCCAGCACUUUCAUAAUUCAGCAUUGAGCAGGAUACACCUACAGCAACAAACACAGCGCAACAAGCAACUACAGCAGCAACUACAGCAACAGCAGCAGGCGGAACAGAGGCAAGGCCCGAGUCAUCGAAAGCAGCCAGGAACAGCGUCGGGCGGAGCAACAUCUCGGCUUCCCACUCUACCAGAAGCCUCCCAUGCCAACGCCUUGCAUGAGGCUACAGGGGCCUCCCCUGUUGGUCUUCCAGCUCACCUUGAUGCUGCCAUAGAAGAGGCGCUUGCGGGCCUCUCUGCUCCUCAAAGAGCUCUAGCACACGCCAAAAGCGCGGGGUAUGGUCUGGCAGUCAUGGAAUUGGCCAAUGAUGAAUUCAGGCAAAGGUGGGAGAGGCUCUGCCUGGCAAGCUCGGAAGAAGACGAUGUAGGAGAACUCUCUGCUCAGGCUGCUCAGAAUAUUGCCCUGCAGAGUGUAUGGCAGCAGCAGCAAGCAGCAGCAGCGCCCACCAUGCCUCAAGGGUGGUCUCCCAGCCUCAAGAAUCCGGGAGGUGUGGGGGGCAGCUGGGAGUUGCUACCUGUCAGUGGGGAUCCCUCGUCCGAGGGGAGGGCUCAGGGCAUCCCGCGCAGUUCGAGCCGCGGAGCCUUACCUCCCCCAAAGCUCACAAUGCGAGAGGCCGCCCAAGCAAGAGCUAUACUCGAGGCCAAGAAGAAGAGGCUAGACCAAGCGAGAGAGGCGGAGGAGUGGAGAAAGAACCCUGCAUUCCGCCGAACAGAGCUCAACCUGACCGCUUUGGACGACUCUGAAGGGGUGAUAGCCAUGGCACCUGGCUGGCUAGAGCUGGACUCUCAGGAUGAGGGUAUCCGCUUGGACUCGGAGAUCGCUUUGCAUGCUCUCCUUACUUAUGCUUCGUACCUCUCGAUCUCCACAUUCAUUCUUCCACCGCCGUCUUCGGAUCCUGCGAGACGGCACUUUCUGCCUCACUAUGCUCGAGCUAUCAACUCUGCUCUGAAUGCAGGCCCUGGAGGUCAGGGCGCUCCCAGCGCAGGUAGCUGGAUGGCACUAGCAUUGAGGCUACCGAUCUCAUCACCCCAUGCCCUUGCACAAGUCCUCGCAUCUCGGUCAGCCAGCUCAAUGAGUACACAUUCGGCAGGGACAUCAGUGGCAGCGGGUGGUAGCAGUAGCCUGAGAGCAGCCGAUGAUUGGGCCUUUGAAGUCUGGACGCAGAUCCGGCAUCUCUGUGGCUACAAUUCCCGCCUGCAGAUCAUGCUGGACCUCUCCAUGCCCUUGCCUUCCUCGGACGGUCUGGCAAGGUGGCAGGCAGAACCAGUCAAGCAUCUCUGGCUCCCAGCCAGUACCUUCUUGGCAAAUGCAAAGGGCUUUCCGGUUCUCUCAAAAGCUAUGCAAUCCUUCUUGCGGUCCCUCUUCACCAAGCAUCCGAAACCCAUGGCUAUUCUGUCCGGCACACAAGAAACUCUGCCACAGCACACGCGCGGCGGGCCAAGCUCCUAUCUCGAGUACCUGCGACAUCUCGAACGGACGGCCCCAUCAGAAGGAGCCGUGGCUGUCUUUGCGAGGGGAUAUGCGGACUGGUUGCAGGCUCCUCUACAGCCCCUGAUGGACAAUCUAGAAGGCGCUACCUAUGAAGUCUUUGAGCGUGAUCCAGUGAAGUACGCUCUGUACCAGGAGGCCGUUUACAAGGCCCUGAUAGCCCGUCCGGCUGGAGAACGGACACUCCUAUGGGUCUGCGGAGCGGGCAGAGGACCGCUGGUCAGUCGUUGCUUAGCAGCAGCAGCCGAUGCUGGCAGGGACAUCAAGAUUGUCGCUCUGGAGAAGAACCCUUCGGCGAUGAUUGCGCUGCAAGAGAAGCAGGCAAAGGAGUGGGGCGCUGAUACUGUGGAGCUCCGAUUUGGCGACAUGAGGACUGCUACUCGUCCUGCGCGAGAGGAAGAGCGGGCGGACAUCCUUGUCAGUGAGCUACUGGGUAGCUUUGGUGACAAUGAGCUGAGCCCCGAGUGCCUGGAUGGCGCUUGUCGCUUCCUCAAACGGAACGGGAUCUCGAUUCCUUCUGCAUACACAUCAUAUAUCACGCCUCUAGCUUCCUCCAAGCUACACAGCGAGAUUCUCUCCUCCGGCUCAAGCAGUACCGCAACAUCCUCUGGCCCCUCCGUCUCAGGCAACAAUCCCACCGCAUCGACACAAGCGCAGAUCAAGGCAGCUGAAACGCCUUUCGUGGUCCUCUUCGGAGCCGUGGAUCUUCCGGCGUCCGACAACGGGCCUGCUGGCAGGGAAAAGAUCCAAGAAUGCUGGACAUUCGCUCACGGGCCCAUCGAGGAUCUUGAAUUGCCCCUUGACGGUACAGGUCUGCCGAUCUCCAAUUCGCACAAUGUCCGCACCACCUCCCACACCUUUUCGAUCCCAAACACUACCCUCUGCCAUGGUCUAGCGGGCUACUUUGAGGCACACCUCUACGGGGACGUCUCCCUUAGCAUUCACCCUGACCCAUCGAGGGGCAGCACAGACAUGCUCAGCUGGUUUCCCAUCUACUUUCCGCUGAAGGAGCCUCUGUACCUGCCUGCAGGGAGUGAGCUAGACGUGCAUCUCUGGCGACUCACAGCGGAGAGGAAGGUUUGGUACGAAUGGAGCUGCGAAGUCUUCCUCAACGUAGUUCCACCCGGCGGCGCAGCCGGUGGAGCGGCGAAUGGUCGACCAUCGUCUGCGCUGACAGUCGUCGGAGGGGCUUCCUCGCCUGACCCCUCCCAGUGGUACGGCGGUGGCGGUAGCGGUCCAGGUGCCGCCAGUCCUCUGCUCGGCACGCAAUUCAAUCACCCUCACUACGCCUUUGCCAAUGCAGUCAAUACUCCCCGCGUCCCUUCCUACGGCUUCCCAAGUGACGGACAAGGUCAUCCCGCGCAGAAUAAUCGGCGGGCAUCUGGAAGUACAGACUCGGCUAUGCACCCCGUGAAUGGGAGGAGCGUAAGCUCCCAGGGACAGUAUCAGCCUCCUGGAGGAGCUGCUGGAGGCGGAGGGGGACUCGCGGUGCAGAGGGUCAAGAUUGCAAUGUCUUCACUGCAGAACCCCAAUGGACGGAGCUCAUGGGUGGGAAUGUAAGGAAAUGGAGAGAGGCACCACAUGUCACGAUUCGAGUGUAGUCACGAUGAGAUCCUAUCGACUUUCACCUCUUGUCCCUUUGUCACCCGUCAAGUCCUGUUAGUAAGUUCUCCCUUGUCACUCUUUUGCAAGGCUCACAAUGGAAACUUCAACCCGUUGAGACCUCGUAUAAUAGGCAGUCUGUCGAGCAUCUCGGAAUGGGCAUCACUUGCUGCAGAC